GAAUUACAUAGUGUGUUAAUUAUAACUUAGUAAAGCUGCUGAAAAAAAAAAGAAGAUAAAAAAGUGAGGUGGAUUAAAGGGUCCAUGGAGGAAGCCGCCUGGCCUCCGGCCCGGCCUCCUUCUCGGCUCUUCCUCUCUGGGGACCCCACAGGGCUGUGCGUUUGACAGGCAGUUGGGAGACCCCGGUGGCCGGUUUUGGUCGGUCACGUGGACACGCGGCUCAGCCAAUCAGAAUCUCCCGGCAGUUGGUUCCUGGAGGAACUGACAAAGCCCUUGUCUCAGGGGCCCUGUCUUGGAGAGUCGGGACUCCUGGGUCACCCUGGGUAGUCGGGAAUUUAGACUGAGCUGUCUUGGUCACUCAGGGGGCAGUUGGCAGAGUAUUCAUGGUCAGGGAGGCGACCCGUGGUCAGCAGGGUCAGGCCACCCAGGGGCAAAGGGUGCUCCUGCACCGGGCCCUGGAGAAGGACAGACCGGUGGGGACUCGGCGUUGGCAGGGGAGCCUCCGCGGAUGGGGAGUCACCACCUGCCGGCAAUCAGCCAUGACUGCCUUUGCAUUGUCCGUGCUCUCAGCCUACCACCUCCUCCCCCUGCCAUUGCAGUGGCUAACACUGGGGAAGAAGACCAAGACACCACAGCCUUUCUCCAAUCCCUCUCAAAUCAGCACGGACAAGGACACAGGUCUCAAUCCACAACCGCUGCAGAUGGACCCUGGCCACAUGGGAUGGUCAGACACGCCUGCCCAGCUAUCUGCAGGCAAAGAAGCUCAGAAGAGAUUUGGGGGCCUGAGGGACAUCUUGCUCCCAUGUCCAUAUGGGUGUGCUAUUUCAUGAGUCAAUUUUGCCACAUAAAGGACUUAAUUUCAGCCACUCCAGGGUGCUACAGGAUGCACAGCUUCCCAUCAGCCCACCUGAACUCCAGCCAUGCCAUUUUGAUACCAGGAAAAAGGUCACUUGCUUUCCUGCCCUUUAGGGGGUCAGAGCCAUGGAAGCAAAAUGGCACUUCUGUUUACCUGUUAUAUAAUUUUUUUGUAAUCUUCAUAUGUUUGAAAAAUGUAAUUAUAUGAAAAAAGUUUAGUAAUGACAGACAUAACAGCAGAAAGACCUCGGAACCAAGCUUAUUCUCAUGGCCGAUCUGCUCCACCUGGCACUCUGCUGCGCUGCAGGCGUCCUGUGGUCAGAAUCACAGAGGGACCGUCAGGGAGGGCGUUCCCAGAGGAUGGAGCUCACACGACUGCUGCCUGAGCGAGUGGCACUGGCCACUCUGCCUGGAGAGAGGAGUAAAUACAGCGCUGGCCAGGAGACCUGCGCACUCUGCUACCAGCCUUGUCCAUGUUUAGCCUCUAAUUUCAAAAUGAGGAACACACAGACCAAGAGUAUCUUUGAGGGUUAGUAGGGACCACAGAAAUGCCGUGGACCUUUCACUCUCUCCUUUUGCAUAUUCCCAGCUAUGGAAAUGCCGUUUGGAUAGAGGGAGCCUGCAGGAAGUGGGCACAUGAGCAGCACGACAGGGCUGACUCCAUCCUCUGAAAAUGGGGACCCGUGCCUGGCGUGUGGACUUACUGGUUCGGUCUUCUUCACAGUGGGAGGUUUUUAGUGCCCAGAUGCCCAGUGCCUCCUAACUGGAACAGGACGGGACCGGGCUGACCCCUGGAAGAAUCCCAUGCACACUUGGCUAUUCAGGGAGUUUCCACCCAGCCAAGCUCACCUCUGUGGCUACCCUGGUCUUGCUGCUCAUAUCUGCCAGGAAAGGCCUGGACUUGGAGAGAAACCUGGGAUUUGGAUUCAGUCCUUGCCGGCCUGGCUGGUUUCAUAUCCUUACCUCUGUCUGUGGAAGCCCGUGUUCCUGAGCAGCGAGUCAAAGGGGGUAUCUGAGCGCAGAGCAGGGAGCCUCAGAUGGGAAGAAGUCUGAGGAACCAGAAUGUGUCAGAGAAUGUGGAGUCGAGUGCCUGAGCUCAAAGGCAAGCUGGGCCACAGGCUGGCUGUGUGAUCUUGGGCAAGUUCGACCAGCUUCUUUGUGCCUCUUUUCUCUCCUUAGUAAGAUCAAUGUCUUCACUAAUACACUGAGGGCUGCCAUUAAGUUCUAUAUGCAAAGAUCCAAGGCAGGCCGUAGGCCUCUUGGUGAGUGCUACUCCUCCUUACGAUUUGCUGCCAGGAGUAACAUUGGGUGAGAGAACUUCUUAGAGCCUUGGCAGUCCUUGUCCUCCUGGACCCUCUGUUUUGAGGGUGGAAUGAGGUGAAGGGCAAGUGCUUUCCCAGCUGGUCAGGUGCUCUACCAACUGGGCAUAUUCUAAUCCCCCAAGAGUGUACAGAGCAGAGUUUGAUAUGGCCAAUGGGUCCAAUGCCCAAGUGAGAAUCUCUUGAUGAAGUUAUUGGUGUGGGGUUUUGCUUUGGUUUUUAAUUAUAGAGAACAAAAGUACUGAAAGUAUUACAUUUACCCUAAAGUUGUAGGCAAGUUAUGGUCAAGUGAAGAUGAAGACCCAUCCUCAAACACAGGUUCCAUUCUUAGCUCAUCUCAUUUAAAGGAGAGAAAAGCCUUGCAGGUGGAACAUGGUGUGGGUAGACAGUAGACAGCGGUCCAGCCAAUUUCAGUGUUUGGCCCCAAGAGGUGAAUCUGGGUUUGAGGACCUCUCUCUGGAAGGAUUUUAUGACCAGAUCUUCCUGGAGAUGAUAUUAUAAAGUUUUCUCACCAAAUUUUCCUGGGGUGCAACUUCUGCUUCAUUCUCUCUUUAACUCCAGCUGUCUUUUUGGACUCAGGUGCAGGUUGCUCAGAGGGUCCUACAAAGUAACUGUCUUCCCAAAUCUCACCCCGCUCUGAGCUUCUGCUGUAUUCCUCUUUCUCUCUCGCUCUCUUUUUUUUUGAACUGGAAUCUACUACUUUGGAUGAUGCAUGCUGGUGUUUUCUAAAGUUUCCUGAUUGAUUAUGUCUUUAACAAAUAAUCUGAUAAUA